AUCAUUCAAAAGACAAAAAUAACACAUUUUCACGAUUAAAACCCUAAAUCAACAAAACGCAGCAGCUGCACUGAACUCACCUUGCCGGAAAACGAAGACGGAGUUCCUCGUCGGCUGCCACAAACAGUGUGAAGGGAAUCUGUAUAUCAGAGGAUUAAAUUGUAGCAGUUGGUGUUGUCAUAUUGUAAGAAAUGGUUAUGCAACUUUUUGAUGGAAGUGAUUCGGAAAAUGAUGACAUCUCAAAAAUCGAGAUAAAUGAGGAAUAUGCUCGUAGGUUUGAGCACAACAAGAGGCGAGAGGAUCUCCAUCGUUUUGAAGAAUUAAAAAAGAAGGGUGCUAUUGAUUCACCCUUGUUAUCUGAAGAUGAUGAAUCUGACUCCGAAUCAUCUGAUGAUGACUAUGAAGAAAAUUUCAAUUCGAGAAGUGAAAAGGAAUUCUUUGAUGCCUUAAUUAAGGUGAAGAAGAAAGAUCCUGUUCUAAAGCAAAAAGAUGUUAAGCUUUUUGAAUCUGAUCAUAGCAGUGAUGAAGAGAACAGUAAAUCAAAAGAUAAGAAGACCAAAAAGGCAAUGUAUUUGAAGGAUGUGAUGGCAAAGCAUUUGAUUGAGGAGGGACCAGAUUUUGGUGAUAAAGAGGAAGAAUACAAUGAAAAACAGAAAGGGAUAACAAGUAAGGGUAAGAAGGCAAUGUCUUUGAUUCAGGAGGAAGCAGGUUUUGUGAAUAAAGAUGGGAAGAAGACUUACGGUGAUGAACAAGAGGAGUUGAAAAGGGCUUUUCUGGAAGCAGUAGAAAAGGAGGGUUUGGAAGAUGGUGAAGGGGAUUUUCUCACCUUAAAGGAGAAGACAAGUGAGGAAAAAGUAGACGGUGAUGACAAGGAAUUUGAGGAGAAACUGGAUGAAUAUUUUGGUGGAGAUGCAGAAUCAAACGAAAGUUCUAGAUUUCUAAGAAACUAUUUCAGGAACAAAAUGUGGAUAGACAAGAAUGUGGAGAAUUCAAAUGUUGGAGAUGAAGAUUUGCAAGAGAUUUCAGAGGAUGAGAUGGAAAUUGAGAGGCAGGAAGAAUAUGAGCAUAGAUUUCAGGAAAAUCCGGGAGAUAGAGUGUUGGGUCAUGCUCGUAAGGUGGAGGGGUCAGUGAGGAAAAAAACAAAUUCAAGGAAAGAGCAGAGAAAGAGCAAAGAGGAGAGAAUGGCAAUAGCACAAAAGGAAAGGGAGGAGGAGUUAAAACAUUUAAAGAAUGUGAAGAAGCAGGAGAUACAGGAGAAGGUUAAAAAGAUAAUGAAGACUGCAGGGAUCGAUGAUGAUGAUAUUAUCCCUUUGUCUGUUGCAGAAUUAGAAGAGGAAUUUGAUCCAGAGGAGUAUGAUAGAAUGAUGAAGAAAGCAUUUGAUGAUAAGUAUUAUGAUGCAGAGGAUGCUGACCCUGAUUUCUGUAGCGAGGAUGAAGAAGAUCUGGAGAAGCCAGAUUUUGAAAAAGAGGAUGAAUUACUUGGGCUUCCUAAAGACUGGGAUGCAUGUGGGUCCGACGGUGGGUUUUUGGCUGCAAGAGAAAAAGCAUUGAAAGAAAAGAUCGAGAAUACUAGUGAUGAUGAUGAUCUAAUGGAAAAAGAAAAUGAAACAGAGAAAAAUCCUGAGGAAGGUAGUAGUCGGAAGAGGAAGCGUAAAACAGCACUUUUGGAGAAAGCAAGACAGGCAAUGAUGGAUGAGUACUAUAAAUUAGAUUACGAGGACACAAUUGGGGACCUGAAGACUAGAUUCAAGUAUGCCAAAACAAAGCCUAACAAAUUUGGCAUUACUGCUCCGGAGAUACUAUUGAUGGAUGACAAGGAAUUGAAUCAAUAUAUUUCCUUGAAAAAACUUGCUCCUUACCAGGAGGAGGAAUGGAAGCUUAGCAAACAAAAGAAAUACAUGCUGAAGACGAGGGCUAAGGAGCUCCUUCGUGCAGCAAGUUUGGAUAAGAAGAAAAAUAAGAAGUCAAAGGUUGAUUCUAGCAAGAAAUCGAAGGUCGAUUCUAGCAAGCCUACAAAGGUCGAGUCUAGCAAGCCUACAAAGGUCGAGUCUAGCAAGUCUACAAAGUUUGAGUCUAGCAAGUCAACUUCAGCAAACAAUGUUGUGGAGGAUGAAAAAGCAAACAAUGUUGUGGAGGAUGAAAAAGCAAACACAGAAAAAUCAAAGUCAAGGAAAGCCAAGAGAAGGGAAUCCAAGGCUGGAUAUAAGUUGCCAGAGUCGAGACUUAAAGCAUAUGGAAAAUAAGUAAAAUCAGUUACUGGUUUAACCAGUAUGGGACCAGCUAAGCAUUGAAUUCCCGUAAUCUUAUAGAAGAUUGGAACUUUGGACAUUCCAAAAGCCCCAAGUUUUUUUCGUGGAGAGAAAUUUUGUUGUGUUUAUCGUUUUCUCCAUUGAAUUCAUUAUUACUAGUGUAUGAAAUUUAUGACUAAUAGUCACAACUGUAUCUGGACCAAAAUAUGUUAGUCUUGUUUAAAAUAUUGCAUUCAGAAUUACUGAUUUAGGCUAUCACAA